UUACCUUUCCUUCUACUCUCAAGAAAGCACUGACUCUUCUUCCUUCCUCUGUUUCCUUUCAUUCACACAAAGAGAGAAAGAAACAACGAAAACUUUUGACUAAAAGAGAUGAUGGAGUGGGACAAUCAGCAGCAACGCAACAACCAUAACUCUACAAAUCUUCAAGGGAUCGAUGUUAAUGGAGGCUCUGGCUUAGGAGGAAUGUACGUGAAGGUGAUGACCGAUGAGCAGCUUGAAACCCUUAGGAAACAGAUUGCUAUCUACGCCACCAUUUGUGAACGUCUCGUUGAGAUGCACAAAACCCUCACUUCUCAACAAAAUCUUCCAGACCCAACGUUUGGUCAUAAGAUGACAGGGAGGCAAAGGUGGACUCCUACACCAGUUCAGCUUCAGAUUCUAGAGCGUAUAUUCGAUCAAGGCAUAGGGACACCAAGCAAGCAAAAGAUUAAAGACAUAACUGAAGAGCUGAGCCAACACGGUCAGAUUGCUGAGCAAAAUGUCUACAAUUGGUUUCAGAACCGGCGUGCUCGGUCCAAGAGGAAGCAGCAUGGUGGUGUUGUUGGUUCUUCUAAUAAUAAUAAUGUUGAGUCUGAGGUAGAGACUGAAACUGAGACUUUGAAUGAGAAGAGAAAGGUUCCAGAGAGUCUUCUUGUUCUUCCUAACAAUGAUAUUGGGACAACAAGUACUAGUCCUAGGCCUGAAGAUCUUUGCUUCCAGAGUCCUGAGAUGAGUUCUGAUCUUCACUUGCUAGGAGUCCUACCAAACCCAAGGGAUGAGCAUCUGGUUGGAAAGAUGGGAUUGUCUGAAAGCUAUAACCUCUAUGAUCAUGUUGAAGAUUAUGGCAUGUAGGGAUGAUUCAUACAAGCUGAGGGAGACUUCUAAUAAUCAGAGAUAAAAAAAAAUUGGUUUAGUAGUCAGUCUUAAGCAGUUUUAGACUCUUUUAAUUAUUUGUUUAUGGGUGUUAUAAUCAGAGAUCAAAUCUUGUGAUGCAUGCUUUAAUGUUUACUGCAUUUAGAGUGAUUCCUAUCUCCUUU